UUGUUAUUUUGUGCAGUCAACGAAAGUGCAAAGUUCUCAGUGUUGUAAAUUAAGUUUCACAAUGAAGUUGCAAGAAAUGGAAAAAUGCGCACCCACCAGCGAUUGGAAUGUUCUUUACUGGGUGCUCGGUAGCAUUCUAAUGCCAGUAGCUUUGCCACUGGCCAUCAUCAAUCUAUGGCAGCGUUUUCGCGCUCAAAAAUACCGUAAUCAAUUGCCCGGCAAGGUUGUGCUUAUUACGGGCGCCAGUUCCGGUCUGGGCGAGUCCCUUGCGCAUGUCUUUUACCGUGCAGGUUGUAAGGUUAUCCUGGCUGCCCGCCGUGUUCAAGAGCUGGAGCGUGUGAAGAAGGAUCUGUUGGCGCUCGAUGUGCAACCUGCAUAUCCUCCCACAGUCCUUGCCUUGGAUCUAUCGGAGCUUAAUUCCAUACCAGACUUUGUUACGCGCGCCUUGGCUGUAUAUAACCAAGUCGAUAUACUGAUUAACAAUGGUGGAAUAAGCGUACGUGCCGACGUUGCCUCUACAGCGGUCGAUGUGGAUCUUAAAGUGAUGGUUGUUAACUACUUUGGAUCUGUGGCAUUGACGAAAGCUUUAUUGCCUUCCAUGAUAAAACGUCAGAUUGGCCACAUUUGCUUCAUAAGCUCCGUUCAAGGAAAAUUUGCCAUACCCCAACGUGCAGCUUAUUCCGCAUCCAAGCAUGCAAUGCAGGCCUUUGCCGAUGCUCUGCGUGCCGAGGUGGCCAGUAAAAAUAUAAAUGUGUCGUGCAUCAGUCCCGGAUACGUACAGACUCAGCUCUCGAUGAAUGCCUUGACAGGAUCGGGCAACAACUAUGGCAAAAUGGAUGAAGCUACAGCUAAAGGAAUGUCGCCGCAAAAGCUAUCCGAACGCAUUUUACAAUGCAUUUUGUGUAAGGAACCUGACAUAAUUGUUAGCGAUUUUCAAGCCAAGAUCGCCUAUUAUUUGCGCCAUUUGUUGCCGUCCGUCUUUUUUUGGAUCAUGGCCAAACGUGCCCUAAAACUGGAAAAGGCCGCUAAAAAAUCCACUUAGAUUAAAUUUUAGUUCGUUUUUAUUGUUAUUUGAAUUUUGCAUUAAAUGAAAAAUUAUAAAAUAUCGUGAUGUAUGUGCAGUGUUAAAAAUUAGUUACAUUUGCACAAGUCAUUAAUGAUAAUAUUAAUAAAUAAAAUAAUUACUGUAAACAUAUUAUUAAAAUUAAGUACAACUUAAGUUUUCACAUAUUUCUCUGUUUCGCUAUGUUCGCCACUUAUUAGAUUAUAAUUAUUGUUCAUAACUGA